UUUGAAUGUUGAGGAUCAGCGUCGUAAGAAACCAGCACAUUCUUCUUUGAUCUUGGAAAGACGGGGAGCGUGGGCUGCUUUUACACUGUGAGCAACGUGUUGCCAAAGACUGCUUUUGGCAGUCAAAACAAAAGGCUCAGGCUGAAUGAGGAAGUCAGUGGGUAACGUGAUCCUUAGGAAGUUCCUGAACCUAGCAAGAAGUUUGCAGCUUCCUCUCUCCUCGUCCACAACCCUGUUUUGAGAUCUGCACUGGAACUAAGCAAUGAUAGAGGAAAGAGAGCCAUCCGCGUCCUAACUUUUCCAAGACAGGCUAUAUCGACGUUUGCACAGAACUCAAAGCUAUUUCCCCUGCUUCUGGAUUUCCGAGGGGAAAAAGAGGGCGAAAGAUCCGAGACUGGGCUGGAGGAGUUGAAAUGGCAACAGCCCUGGUCUUCUGCCUCCGUCUCUGUCUCCAGCUGCUAGCCCUUCCCAUAUACGUGCUGUCGUACUUGGGCGUAUGGCAGCCCUACUGCAAGAAGAUCUUCCCGGCCUUCAUGGAGAAGUUUGCACCCAGUUACAACAAGAAGAUGUCAAGGCAGAAACAGGAGCUGUUCCGCAACUUGUUGGAGUUUGCAGGCCCCUCAGGGCAGCUGCGGCUGCUGGAGAUAGGAACCGGCACGGGCUCCAACUUCCAGUUCUUCCCGGCCAACUGCAGGGUCACCUGUACAGACCCCAACCCCCACUUUCAACGGAGUCUAGCCAAAAGCAUGGCCCAGAACCAGCACCUUCAGUUUGACAGCUUCUUGGUGACCCCGGCGGAGAAUCUGCAGGAGGUGGCCGAUUCUUCCGUCGAUGUCGUUGUUUCCACUUUGGUUCUCUGCUCCGUGCGGGACAUGCAAAGUGUUCUGAGCGAAGUCUGCAGGGUCCUCAAGCCGGGUGGAGCAUUUUAUUUCUUGGAACACGUGGCUGCAGACCAUUCAAGCUGGUGCUACUUUUGGCAGCAAGUUCUCUUCCCAACAUGGAAACUUCUCUUUGACGGAUGCUGCUUAACAAGAGAGAUCUGGAGUGAUCUUGACAAAGCAAAUUUCUCAGAUGUAAAGCUGCAACAUAUAUACGUCCCCUUACACUGGACACCAAUUCAGCCACAUAUCAUUGGUUAUGCUGUAAAGUAAUUCUCAAUUCACCAGUGCAAUCCAAUCAGAUGAAUGUUGACUGAAAAAUAUGUUCCACUGAGUUCAGCUCCUGAGUCAGACUGCAAUACAGUAGUAUGCUCAGUUACUUGGGAGAAAGCUCCACUGAACUCAGGGAAUUUUUAUUUCUUAGUAAACAUGCUAAGGCUUCUCCUUUUAUAUACACAUUUCAAAGGAAGUUUCUUUCUCUGAAAGGAAUUCAGUUCUACUUUCUAAAGUGCAGAGCAGACUGGGGGAAUCUUAGAAUAUAGUCAACGACAGCUUGUUUAAAUCAAUUAACUGCAAAUUAAAGCACUACUAAGACACAAUUUUAAAGUUCUCUGCAUGCUCUUUUCUCCUAAAAAAUAUGUGUAAACACAUAGCAUUGCUAACUGGCCAGAAAAAGAAAUCAGCCUGGCCAGCUUGUGCUGAUUUGAUCUGCAGAAAUCAGCUGGUGAAGCUUUUACUGACAGGCACCUAAAUAUUAUCUGAGUGGGGUGUAGAGAUUGGGGAAUUCUCACCACUUGCUUCAAACAAUUCCAGGACUGUGAGGGGCAGAGCCAUGGCAGAUGAACUGGUGGCGAAGGGACCCUCGCUCAGUGACAGAGUACAAGGUGCAAUCCUUGGGCUUCCUGUUAGGACCCAAUUGCAGAUGGCAUGGGAAAAAUAUUGUCCAAGACCUCUGGCAGCAUAGUGAGCAUGGGCAGAGUUGGACAAAAAGUCUGACCCUAUAUAUGGUUACCUAUAUUAAGAAGUGAAGGUGUGUUUGUAAUGUAGCUGUUACAAAUUUUUGUUGAUAAAACUGCUGGUAAAGGGGUUGGUACAGGAACCAGUUCAAAAGUUGCCUACUUCAGCAAUAGUUAAUUGAUGUCAGUAUUUAUCAUUUUUGCUGUAUGGUUGUUUUAUUGCUGCAACCCACUUUGAUGUAUUUUUUAUGACAUAGAAGUACAUAUUUUAUAGAUAAAACUCUAUCCCAAAGGUAUUUUAACAUGCCUUUAGGACUACUAUAUUCUACAUGUUAAAUAUGCAUUUAUACCGGGGUUCUAGAAGUGGUAGAUAUUGACCCCCUACAGUUUAGGGGGUGAAUAAAGAGCCAGGGGUUGAAAAGGGUCUAGAAGUAGGAAAUCUUAAUGAGGAAUAGUGCAAAAGAAUAAUCAUCAUGAGCCUCAGAAAUAAACAGUAUGGGCAUGUACCUUCCUUGCCAAUGUGGAACCUUAUAUUUAACAAGAUUUCACAAUCCAACAGUAUGCCAGAUUUAUUUUUACAUUUUUGCAAUUCCUGGUAAUGGUGGAUGAUUAAUAAAUGUUCAUGAUAUUCUGGU